GAAUGGAGGUGUUGGUCAUAUAUCGGAAAGAUUGGAGGAAGACAGGACAUUUCCCUCGGAUACGGCUGUAAUUAUCAGAUGACGGUUCAGCAUGAGAUGAUGCACUGCAUGGGUUUCUACCACACACAGAGUCGUGCUGAUCGUGACAGCUAUGUCAGAAUUUACCUACAAAAUGUCAUGCAAGGCCAGGAACACAAUUUCGACAAGGUAUCGACAAGCGUGGCAUCUCUGUAUGGAGCGUAUGAUCUCCUAUCUAUCAUGCAUUACGAUUGCUAUUCCUUCUCCAAGAACGGAUAUCCAACCAUCACGUCGCUGAACGAUCCAAGCUGUCAGACCUCGUUGGGGCAGCCCCAUGUCGGAGGUGGAUUCAGAAACUCGGACGUUAAAAAGCUCAACGAUAUGUAUUGCUAAGGCUAAUGGCAUAUAAUUGUAAUUGCGUUCAUGCUUAAUGACUUUGUACGCAGUACUGGUGUAGGGAUCGUUAAUAAUUGUAGCGAUUAGUGUGUGAAAUUGUUAACUGACUUAUGAUAAGAUUGGCUUAAUAAAUUCAUUACGCAAUGAUA